ACACAGAUGACUCCGUCCCCUCGAAUCCUCCUCUGCGGCGACGUCCUCGGCCGCCUCAACCAGCUCUGCAAACGCGUCUCUUCGGUAAAUAAGUCGGCCGGUCCAUUUGACGCGCUUCUUUGCGUUGGCCAAUUCUUUCCGGACUCACCGGACGGUCUCGAGGAGUUCAAUGACUAUAUUGCAGGCCGGUCCAACUUCCCCAUUCCGACUUACUUCAUCGGCGACUACGGUGUUGGCGCGCCGAAGAUUCUAUCGGCCGCUUCCAAAGAAGCUGGCAACCAAGGGUUCAAGAUGGAUGGCCUCAAGGUUUGUGGAAAUCUCUACUGGUUGAAAGGCAGUGGAAAGUUCACUCUCCACGGUUUAUCUGUUGUUUACCUAUCUGGUAGGAAGUCUGCAAGUGGAAUGCAAUUUGGCACGUAUAGUGAAGAUGAUGUUGAUGCGCUGAGGGCGUUGGCUGAGGAGCCAGGGAUUGUGGACAUAUUUCUGACUAAUGAAUGGCCUAGCGGAGUUACCAAUGAGGCUGCUACAUCUGAUGUACCUUCAGGAGUCUCUGAUUCAGCUGAUGCUGAUUCCACCAUAUCAGAGUUAGUAGCAGAUAUUAAGCCCCGCUACCAUGUUGCAGGAACUAUGGGUGUGUUCUAUGCUCGCGAACCAUAUACAAACGUGGAUGCUGUGCAUGUAACUCGUUUUAUGGGUUUAGCUCCAGUUGGAAACAAAAACAAACAGAAAUUUAUUCAUGCAAUUUCUCCAACUCCAGCAUCUACAAUGUCCAGUGUCGAAAUUUGUGCAAAACCACCAAAUACAACUCUAUCUCCCUACACAAUGGUGGAGAAAGCAACCCAUACUGAGGCUAUAGCAAAGAGACCUGGUGAAAGUGGGUCUGAUUCCCAAUAUUGGCGUUAUGAUGUCUCCCAGAAAAGGCACAAACAUGGAGAUGGUGACAGUGAAAGGCUGUGCUUUAAGUUUACCUCUUCUGGGUGCUGUCCUCGUGGGGAGAAGUGCCACUUUCGGCAUGAUGAAGAUGCAAGGCAACAGUCAAUCAGGGGUGUCUGUUUUGACCUUCUCAACAAAGGAAAAUGUGAAAGAGGUCCAGAUUGCAACUUUAAGCAUAGUUUACAGGAUGAAAAUGGCAGUGCCUCUAGCAGGAGAUCCUUUGGGACCACCAGCUCUAACAGGUCCAAAGAGUGCUGGUUUUGUUUGUCAAGCCCCAGUGUGGAGUCGCAUCUUAUCACUGGCAUAGGAGAACAUUACUACUCUGCACUUGCUAAAGGACCAUUAGUAGAUGAUCACGUGCUAAUUGUUCCUGUUGAGCACUUGCCUAACACCCUUUCCAUGCCAGAAGAUUGUGAAAUAGAGUUGAAUAGAGUUCAAAACAGUCUAAAAGCUUACUUUGAAAACCAAGGAAAGCAAGUGGUUUUCUUUGAAUGGGUCUUUAAGCGAGCAACUCAUGCCAAUCUUCAGGUUGUUCCUGUUCCAUCUUCAAGGGCAUCUGGCAUUAAAGAUAUUUUCAAUUUAGCCGCCAAAAAGUUGGGAUUCAAGUUUAAGACAAUUGAAAGUACUAAUAAUUCGGAAGGGAGGAGAUUGUUGCGGACACAGUAUGAUAGAAGUUGCAGUUUAUUCUAUGUUGAACUUCCUGGUGGAACUAUUUUGACUCAUGUUGUUGAAGAAAAUGAGAGAUUUCCAAGCCAAUUUGGCCGCGAGGUUUUGGCGGGCUUGUUGAACACGGCUGACAGAGCUGAUUGGAAAAAUUGCAAGCUCAGCAAGGAAGAAGAAACAAAAAUGGCAGAACGCUUCAAGAAGCAAUUUGAAGCAUAUGAUCCAAAUCGGUGACUCCUACAACCAAUGGUCCUCUGUAUGUCUGCAAUGGCAGUAACAUAUUCAUCGUUCUAGUUUCAAUCUCAGAUGACAAAGCCUGAGUGCAGUGAUCCUUGAGAGGGAUGGGGGCGGACUAUAUUGGCUGGUCUCAAGUCGUCAUGAUCCGUAAACACCUGCCAAGUGGCAAGUCCAAAUCAGGGUGGCAAAGAAGUGAGACAGUGAACCACCUUUAGGGUGAAAUGUAUGCUGUGUACAGAGAAGGUGGGAUGGCUGAACUUAUGAUCGCAGUACGACGUGCUGGUUAAGCUAUAUGCUCUUCUUGUAGACAACUACAUCAGUUGUCGAACUUAUUUACUAGGACAAACUCAGGCUACUCCAGAUUUUGUUCGUCUACUUGUUUGCCUAAUCCAUGCAUCUUUCCCUUCAGAAUCAUUCGAGUUUACUGCAAUACAUGCCUAACCUCUAGAUAAGCAAAUUUGUUUUAGUUGUAAUCGAUGGUGGCUGAUAGGUGAAGUAACUAUUUUUUUCCUUCCCGAAAUGGAGGGAGUGAUGUUUAGUUGUUCCGA